AACAGACAACCUUCUUCCAGACGUCCAGUUCAAUCCCGGGUUCCGGCGCCCCAAGAGGCGGCGAGCAGCGCUGGGCGAGCCGCUGCCCCUCUGGGGGAGGAAGCCAGGAGGCUGGCUGCCACUCUGAUUGUUACGCGUGUCCAACUUCACAGAGUGCGGCGCGCCGGGGUGCACCCAGGGGCCGCCGUCCAGCGCCAACCGCGGUUCGGUUCGGGCAAGCGGCCGCGCCAAGCCUCCGCCCGCCGUCUCCCGGCAGCCGUCCGCGGGGGAGGGGCGGCUGGCGUCCGCGUUCUCCGGCCCAGCGGCCGGCGGAAGGGCCCCGCACCGCGGAAGCGCGACCGCAGCUGGGGAUCAGCUGCUGGAGGAGGCGGAGAGGCGGAGCCUCGGGGGGAAGGGGAGGGAGGGAGGGACGCGACCGUGAGGAAGCCGCGAACGCCGCCGACCGUCUGAACACCUCGCUCCGUCUGCCAUGGCUGGUUAAAGAAGCCUCGGGCUCGCCGCGCGCGCGGGGAGGGACGGGGAGGGGAGCGGCGGCCGGGCGUGCGGCCGAGGGAGGGGCGGCGGCGCGAGCGGCGGCGGCGGCGGUUCCAGCAUGAAGAGGAGAGCUGGCCUGGGGGGCAGCAUGAGGUCAGUGGUUGGCUUCUUGUCCCAGCGGGGCUUGCAUGGGGACCCCCUGCUCACUCAGGACUUUCAGAGGAGACGCCUGCGGGGCUGCAGAAACCUCUACAAGAAGGACCUCCUCGGCCACUUCGGCUGUGUCAAUGCCAUUGAAUUCUCCAACAAUGGAGGCCAGUGGCUGGUCUCAGGAGGAGAUGAUCGCCGAGUUCUGCUGUGGCACAUGGAACAAGCUAUCCAUUCCAGGGUCAGUCCCAUACAGCUGAAGGGAGAGCACCAUUCCAACAUUUUCUGCCUGGCUUUCAACAGUGGCAACACCAAAGUCUUCUCUGGAGGAAAUGAUGAGCAAGUUAUCCUCCAUGAUGUUGAAAGCAGUGAGACCCUGGAUGUGUUUGCUCAUGAAGAUGCAGUGUAUGGCUUGUCGGUGAGCCCAGUGAAUGACAACAUUUUUGCCAGCUCUUCAGAUGAUGGCCGGGUUCUCAUUUGGGACAUCCGGGAGUCUCCCCAUGGAGAGCCCUUCUGCCUGGCUAAUUAUCCAUCAGCCUUUCACAGUGUCAUGUUUAACCCCGUGGAGCCCAGGUUAUUGGCCACAGCCAAUUCAAAGGAAGGCGUGGGACUAUGGGACAUUAGAAAACCUCAGAGUUCUCUCCUGCGCUAUGGUGGCAACCUAUCUCUCCAAAGUGCCAUGAGUGUGCGAUUCAACAGCAAUGGGACCCAACUCCUGGCCCUGCGACGGCGCCUGCCCCCUGUCCUUUAUGACAUCCACUCCCGCCUGCCAGUGUUCCAGUUUGACAAUCAGGGUUACUUCAACUCAUGCACUAUGAAGAGCUGCUGUUUUGCAGGGGAUCGUGACCAGUAUAUCCUCUCAGGCUCUGAUGACUUCAACCUGUACAUGUGGAAGAUUCCUGCAGAUCCAGAAGCAGGUGGCAUUGGCAGAGUGGUCAAUGGAGCCUUCAUGGUGCUGAAAGGGCAUCGGUCCAUUGUUAACCAGGUCCGGUUUAACCCCCAUACAUACAUGAUCUGCUCUUCUGGUGUAGAAAAGAUUAUCAAGAUCUGGAGUCCAUACAAGCAGCCAGGAUGUACAGGAGACCUCGACGGUCGGAUUGAAGAUGAUUCCCGCAGCCUCUACACCCAUGAAGAGUAUAUCAGCCUUGUAUUGAACAGCGGAAGUGGUCUGUCCCACGACUAUGCUAACCAGUCGGUCCAGGAAGAUCCCCGGAUGAUGGCUUUCUUUGACUCUUUGGUGCGCCGCGAGAUCGAGGGCUGGAGCUCUGACUCAGACAGUGACCUCAGCGAGAGCACCAUCCUUCAGCUGCAUGCAGGGGUCAGUGAGCGCUCCGGCUACACUGACUCAGAGUCCUCGGCCUCACUGCCCCGCUCCCCACCUCCCACAGUAGACGAGUCUGCCGACAAUGCCUUCCACCUGGGGCCCCUGCGAGUCACCACCGCAAAUGCCGUAGUGUCAACCCCAGCCACGCCGACGUGUGAGGAUGCAGCAUCUCGCCAGCAGCGCCUAUCUGCUCUGCGUCGCUACCAGGACAAGCGCCUCCUGGCCCUGUCCAAUGAGUCUGAUUCUGAAGAGAAUGCCUGUGAGGCUGAACUGGACACAGAUCUCUUCCCUCGGCCGAGGUCGCCCAGCCCCGAGGAUGGAUCCAGCAGCUCCAGCAGCUCCAGUAGCUCGGAGGAAGAAGAGGAACUGAAUCAACGCCGAGCCACCACUCGGCAGCGAAAUGCCAUGCGGAGGCGGCAAAAGACAGCCCGGGAAGAGCGGCCCAACGCUCCAGUCAAGCCCACCAACACCUACAUUGGUGAGGACAAUUACGACUAUCCCCAGAUCAAGGUAGAUGACCUCUCCUCCUCCCCAAACUCCUCCCCUGAGCGGAGUGCUUCCAAUCUGGAUAUCCAACCAAGCCGGGCCCCACCAACUGCCAACAUGGAAUCAGUAGAGCGAAAGAUUUAUAAAGCUUACAAGUGGCUCCGCUACUCCUACAUCUCUUACUCGAAUAACAAAGAUGGAGAAACUUCUUUAGUGGCAGAGGAGGCAGAUGAAGGGAGAGCAGGAACCAGCCCCAAAGACAACCCAACCCCUUCUUCCAGUAAGGAAGCCUGCCCAACCCAGAAAGACCAGGACCUGCCCCCUGAAGGCUGCAACAAAGAUGCUUGUAAAGAAGAGACUUCCACCAGGAAUCCCAGCAGUGGUGCAAGCCAUGAGCACAGCAGCCAUCCUUGGGCAGAGAUGCUAGAGAGCACCUCUCAGGACACUAACAGUAGCAGUCCUCUAGAGCACUCUUUUGAAACCAAGAAGCUCAAUGGAAAGGCCCUGAGCAAGGCCCUGAGCAGCCGGACUGAGGAGCCACCCUCUCCUGUCCCCAAAGCAUCUGGUUCCACUCUGAACAGUGCGUCUGGCAACUGUCCCAGGACCCAGUCUGAUGAUAGUGAGGAAAGGAGCCUUGAAACCCUAUGUGCCAACCACAACAAUGGACGCUUGCACCCCCGACCCCCUCACCCCCACAACAAUGGGCAGAACUCUGGGGAGCAGGAGACAGUUGUCUACUCUUCCCCAGGACACCCAGACACUGACCAUGAUAACCCAUCCCUGACAGGGACACUUCUACACAAAGAUUGUUGUGGGUCUGAAAUGGCCUGUGAAACCCCCAGUGCUGGAAUGAGAGAAGACCCCACUGACCCCUCAGCCAUGGACAGCAGCAAGGGUGUUCAUGACCACAGUGGCCUCAAAAGGCAUCGAAUUGAAUUGGAAGACACAGAUUCAGAGAAUUCCUCUUCAGAGAAGAAAUUAAAAACAUGAUAAAAACAAAGGGAAAACAAAAGCUACAAAAAGUAGCCUUGCAAAAUAAUUUUUUCUUGUUUAGUGAACACAGAGGAAAGGAAAAAGUAUUAAAGGCACAUAAAACCGGGGCCUGAACGUGUCUGCUCCUGCUCCUUCUGUUCACCAUUCUCCAGGGGGUCUUCUCUAGUGAGAUGCGAGCAUAGCAUUCCUCUGAGGCUCUGUGACAGUGGUCCUGUCUUGGGACAUUUAGCUUGUUGUGUGUAUGUACCCACUGGCACAUGUGGGCUUGAUGUCUUAUGAGGCCUUUCUUUCAACUGUCUGUCAGCAAAGCCCUGUGGGUCUGUAGCUUUUGCCAUUUCGCCUGUUCAUUGUUCACAUGACAUAGGUGUUCUGGUCUUAAGUGAAGAGUGUCCUCUAGAUCAGAUCGUGCUGCAGUGAGUUGUAGAUCGACGCUAGCAGAAAGGAGAGGCCUGCCUUCAGCUCAUUGGCUGUGCUGAAGAGGAAAACAUGGCUCCUCUUUAAAUGCCCCAUGUUUUCUUCAGCUAACACAUCAUUGAGCAUUUACUGUGACUCUUAAGUGGAACAUUGUUCCUGUUAAGAGGUUGACACUUGAGCUCAGAUCCUGAUAGUGCCGCUGUUUUCAGAAGGGGCAGAGUUACACUCUGUGCUGUGAGAUCCUUACAGCAGCUAGUGAACAACACAUUUUAACCACCUAGUGCUGGCUCCUAAGAAGCACUCGAGGCCAGCAGGUGCUAAUGGAGUCCAGGCAUCCUGAAAGAAGAAAGGACCCCUCAGGAGAGCUUUUUACCCAAACUAAUAAACUGACUGGUAGAGGGAUACUAAUGAGUUGUAGUGAAGAGUGGAAUGCGGUACUGUAUCCAGCGCCAGUCAGUCAGGCAGAAUGUGGUACUGUAUCCAGUGCCAGCCCGCCAGUCAGAAUGCGGUACUGUAUCCAGCGCCAGUCAGUCAGGCAGAAUGUGGUAACUGUAUCCAGUGCCAGUCCAUCAGUCAGAAUGCGGUACUGUAUCCAGCGCCAGUCAGUCAGGCAGAAUGUGGUAACUGUAUCCAGUGCCAGCCCGCCAGGCAGAAUGUGGUACCGUAUCCAGUGCCAGCCCGCCAGUCAGAAUGUGGUACCGUAUCCAGUGCCAGCCCGUCAGGCAGAAUGCGGUACCGUAUCCAGUGCCAGUCCGUCAGGCAGAAUGCGGUACCGUAUCCAGUGCCAGUCCGUCAGGCAGAAUUGGCAGGCCUGUCACCCUCCCUCAGGCUUGGAGUUGUCAGAGGCUGUGGGUUCCACCUGAACUUUGCAGAGUAGUUGGCAUCUGUUAGGAGGCAGGGAGUGUCGAGAAACAACUCUCUCUGGUCAGUGUCUUGGCUCCCUGAAAACAUUUUGUUCUGUUGAAGUAGGUAACAGUGGAGAGAAGAAAAUAUCAACUUUUCAGUGUAUAGUGGUGUUGGUAGUCCCCGAGUUGUCAGUGAAGGGUUGUGAAAGACAGGAAGACCUAAGGCUGCUCAGAUGUCCUGCUGGUGUAGAUGUUGAAGCAGGAGGAAGAGAGAACAGUGGAACUUUGCAUACAAAGGUGCUAGACAACUGGAGCCUGGCUGGAGCUGGCCUAGGGAGGACUUAGCACAAGGCAUCUCUGGCCUCACUGGUGCAGCGUUCCUUUCGGAGGAGGACCUGACCUGCUGGGAUGGAGCCGAGAGAAGACCAGCUGCGGAAGCUGAAGGAUGGACGACGUUCAGUGCCAGGAGCCAGGGUUCUUAUGAAAGGAAGGCAGUUGGUAAGAGCCAGGAGGAUAAACCGUUUUCCUGAGCUUUGUGGAAGGGAGAUGUGCUUAGUGUCUGGUGAUGUGGCUGACAUAUGAGAGCACGGUUUGGGAAGGAGAGGAAUGCGCUUGAGUAGCGUGGGGUGCAUACAGUCAGCAGCUGGACUCUUCCUGGGUAGUGGGACAGCAAUUCUGUAACCAACGUUAGAAUUACUUUAGAUUUGUAAUUAAAAUGGUUCUAUGAUUUAUCUUUUGACUAUUCAUAGAUAAUUGUAAAUUCUGGUUUUAUAAGCCCAAGUCAUUUUACAUUUGCUUUUCCGAAAUUAUUAAAUUGGAAUUUUUAAUCCUUUAUAUA